UCUCAGUGUGCGCUCGGUCUCUGUGGCAACCAGGCGCGGCUGGCGUUGUUUGUAGCAGGUGCAGCGCAAGUGGACCCCGCGAUUUUUCUCUCGUCCCACGAAACCCACGUUCAGGAAGAUGCGGCUUUUCAGGAGGCGUCUCUCGGACGUCUCGCUGUCCAGCCCGGACAAAGAAGACGACUGGCAAAUGGUGAAGGCGGUGCCAGCACUCGUCCUUGAAGACGCCCCGCCGAAAAAAGGCACCGUUUUGAGCACAUGGGGUCGGCGAGUCGGUCGCAAAUUAGAGCUGUUGAGGCGGCCAGAGACCCCCUCUAGCCGCCCUUCAACCUCCCCAGCGACCCCGCUCUUCCGUAGUUGCUCGACCUCGCAGCUGAGCUACGUGAGGGGCGACGACCCCGCCGAAGACCUAAUCCAAACGCCUCCUCCGGUGCCUUCCAAAACCCUGAGCUGCGACAACUUGUCGCAAAUCGGCCGCCGCUUCCCCUACGCCUUCCUGCGCUCGUCGAGACUCGCGUCCCUGCCUGAAGAACCCGGCGCAAGACAAAUGCCCCGCUGUCGUCCGCACUCCAUCACCUCGUUCGAGGUGCCCUCGACCGAGUCCGGCUACGACAGUGACAGGCCAAGCAGUGAAGAAAGCAACUCGGGCGGUCGGUGCCGCACGUCCCUCUGUGAACCGCGCAUCAUGGAGCGCUGCGCCGCUCCACGCUUCGGCAGUUACAGGAUGCCUUGCCGACCGCCGAACGGCCCCGAACUCAAGAUGAUUCGUCUUAUAAGGGCCGCCGGCCUGCAGGCCCUUGGAAUCCACGCGGCGCCGCGGCGCCAAUUGGCGCUCUCCUCAGCCCUGUCGGUCGGCGACGGCUACUUUGUGACCAAACUAGAGGCAGGAGGGGUGGCUCAAAGGGACGGCCGCCUUCGACCUGGCGACGAGAUCGUCAGCGUAAACGGAGCGCUGCUGCGCGGGUUGCCUGUUCGUGAGGCGCAGAGAAUUCUCAGCGCCGCUGGAUCUGCACAGGUGGAGCUGGUGAUCUCCAGGUCGCCCCCGACGUCCCAUCCAGCCACCUUCACCCCCCGUUUGACCCCUGCAACGAGUCUGACCUCCAUUCACUCCCAAAUCGCCACCUCCUUGCUCGAAGUAAAAUUCCAAAAAGGUCCUGGACACAAAAGUUUGGGCUUCAGCAUUGUUGGAGGCCGAGAUUCGCCCAAGGGGGACAUUGGGGUCUUCGUAAAAAGUGUCUUCCCCGACGGACAGGCCGCCGAGAAUCACAAACUGCUGGAAGGCGAUGAGAUUUUGGCCGUCAAUGGUGAAGUGGUGAGUGGCCUUUCUCACGCAGAGGCGAUCGGUCUCUUCAAAAGGGUAAAAAGCGGCGAGAUUUGCUUACGAAUUGCUCGAAGAGGACCAAGGACUCCAAGUUAAAUUUGAGUCUUCAAAAUAAGGUCAAACACUGCAGAUUGAGAAGUUUCUAGUCACCACCGGCCAGACAAGAAGGCCAGCAGCUCAACAACUAAAGAAAAUUAUAGAUAUUUGUAGAGUUUUUAUAAAUAAUUAUUAAUUAUUGGCCCUUAGUGCAAUAUUGCUUUUUAAAGUUAAGGUUGUAAUUCUUCCGUUUUAUGUUGAAAAAGAAAAAAUAUUAAAAAUCUACUGCCAACUUUA